GGCAUUUAACCGUUGCUGUUUCUUAUAUGGAGAACUAAAAGUAGUUUCCCGCUCCCUUCAGAGAGAGAGAGAGAGAGUAUACUGAAUAAGAUUGACACAGGAAGCCAAGAAAGAAGAGAACAAUGAAGAGGACAGGACCCCGUCUCGUCUCGAAAGCCCAUGGAGAGAGAGGAGUAGAUGCAGAAGCAAAGGAAGAAGAAGAAGUAGAAGGAAACAAUGAUUUUGAUAUAGCAGAAAGCUUCAAGUGCAUAAGCCUCCACAAGCAAGACUCGUCUAAACGUGAGGAGAAGAAGUCGAUCGAGAAAUAUGGGCACUGGAGGCAGGAGCAGAGGAUCAGAACUGCACGGAUGGAGAAGCAGCUGAAGGCGACAUUGGUGCUUGAGGAUAUGAUCGAAGAGCACCUCAGAAGAUUCGGUUCUCCCUCCAAACGAGUCAAGGUGCCCUCAAAGCUCGAGGAUGUGGCCGAACUCCUCGUGCCCAAAUGGAUGCCCCCCAUGGAGAUGGCCUCUCUGCUCUGGCUUGGUGAUUGGCGUCCCUCUGCAAUUCUCCAACUCCUCGGCUCCCUAGCCCGUUCAUCCUCUGCUUCAUGGUUUUUUGAUCCAAGAAGCAAUGAGCGAUUGCUGUCGGAACUCGUUCAUGAGACCCGCAUCGAUGAGGCCGUGCUCGACGAGGAGAUGGCUGAGAUCCAGAUCAACUGCAUCUUUCACCUUCCUUUCUUUGACCCACCAGCCAUAAACAGGACCGCUGCCCUUGCUGCUGUUCAGUCCGAGUUCAAGAAGAUCGACCGGGUCAUCAGUAAGGCCCAGCAACUGAGGUACAAGGCAGUAGAAGUGGCAGUAACUAAGCUGUUGAGCCAAACGGAUGCUGCUCAAUUCUUGGUGGCCUUAGCUGGUAUUCAAGAUACAAUCCACCAGUUUGCCGCCCACCAGAGGCUUCAGAAGGGUCCCGUCUCCAUCAUCAACAAGGUCUCGGGUAAAUAGCAAAGCAUGCAAAGAGAUGAUGCCUCAAUAUCUCAACAGAGUUGAUCAAACAGAAAACAGAUCAAUAAACCAAUUCAAACUACACGUGGAAAAGAUCAUCUGGGUAUUACAUUGAAUUCAAUAAACGAAAGUGACCCUUACAUUCUUUUAUUGCGCUGUACAAUGGAACGUUCUUCUUUCUGCUGGAUUUGUGUAAUGGAUGUAUGUUGAUUACCUUAGCAACAUGAAUCUAUAGUGUCAUCUCUGUAGUAAGGUAAUAAGCACAUCCUUGUAUUGUUUUUACAAAAAUAUCUGCGUAUAUGAACAUAGUAUUCUACCUCACAUGGGUAUUACUGUAU